GUCAUUUCGAUAAUUUGUAGGCGUAGGUACUUAGCUUAUACUCGUACGUACUUGGAAUAACCAUCAAUCGAGUGAUUACAAUUUUUCUAAUUAUUUUCGCCAGAUGAUAGGUAACGAUUAACACUUGUAAAAUUGAAUCGAACAUUAUAAUAUUUCGUGUCGAGUUAUUUUUUUCUCAAAAAAGUUGUUACGAUGGUUCUUUCAAAAAACCAAAUGUUUUAUUUGUUUUAUUUCUUUUCGAGUGUAAUUUUAUUUUCUGUAGCAACGACAACUACCAAUAAGAAAGAAUUCCGACGUGAUGUUGUAUUCCCUUCUCCUCGUACUUACAGUGGAUCGAAAGCUCAACGCAUGUGUAAUGGAUACAUUACUCAAGCAUGUAACGGAGUCUUAUCACGAGUUCGAAUAGGAAGAAGCAUCCGUAAGCUAACCGAACGCAAAUCGUUAUUUUCAGGAAACUCCACCGGCAUAGAGAAUAAUCACUUUCAUAUUACUGUUGUGGGAGGCAGAGCAUCAAAACCCAAAGAAUAUCCUCACAUGGCACUGAUUGGAUAUGGUGCAAUUUCGGCAAUCCAGUGGCUCUGCGGAGGUUCCUUGAUAAGUGAGAAUUUUGUCUUAACUGCCGCACAUUGCGUUCAAUCAACCGCAGGUAAUCCUAACUGGGUACGUUUGGGCGAAUUGGAUUUGGCUGUCAGUAAUGAUAACGCUAGACCAGUUAAUUACCCAGUUAGUCAAAGUAUCGUCCAUCCGGGUUAUCAUCCUCCUGCAACGUAUAAUGAUAUAGCCUUGUUGAAAUUCCGAGGUCUGACUGCAUUCAACAGCUACAUUAGGCCAAUAUGUUUGAAUAUAUUUCAAAAUAUUCCGAAUCAGAAAGUCACUGCUGCUGGAUGGGGAUCUACAGGAUACGGUGAAAAAGGUAGCUCAGGAUUACUGAGUGUUGAAUUGGACAUGCAGAGGAGUGAAUUAUGCAAUUCUUUGUACACUGGGCAACGAUUACCACAUGGGUUCAACGACAGCACAAUGCUGUGCGUUGGAUAUGCUCCUGGAGGAAAAGACACGUGUCAAGGAGAUUCCGGAGGUCCUUUGCAAACUUCAAACUUCAACGCUGGAUGCUCGAGUGUACCUAUUUAUAAACAAAUCGGGAUCGUGUCAUUUGGAGAUAACUGCGCUCUUCCUAAUACCCCAGGAGUGUACACCAAAGUAUCAUAUUUUAUUCCAUGGAUUGAAAGUAUAGUGUGGAAUUGAAAGUAUACUUAUUGUAGUACCAGAAGUUUCAAAUACAUUUUAUUAAUUUUUAAAAAAAAUUGAGUAUGAUUUAUAUUGUUUUGUUUGCU